CAAUGGUAAAAGCAAAGGCAGUGGUUUCUACCGUCCUUUCUCACUGCACCAUUCAGCGUCAGUGCCCUCAUGAGAAACACACCCAAAGCCCAGUGUGCUCUACCCCAAAACUUGUGAAAUUUAUAGAGUCUCAAAAAAGUGAAUAUGUUUAAGGCAGUAUAAUAAAAGCCAGGUGGCCGACAGUUCCUAAAGUUAGGCUGGUAGUGGCGUGAACAGGGGUCUUUUGGACCACCCUGAGACCCGCCCCACGGGACUUCUCGAUCCACGUCUUGGCUUCUCGCUCCACUUCCACAGAACGUACUGAAUCAGGGGCCUGCAUCCCCGUGCCGUGCCGAGCCGACGGAGAAAGGGACUCCUCUUCUCGCUCCUGUGGAGUUUCGUCUUCUGGGUGAGUGUGGCACCGGGUCCUGGGCGGGUGAUAUCUGUAGUUGGCGAGCGAUCCUCAGCCAGAAAACUGGCUGCGCACACAGGCGCAGACACGCGAACAUGUUCCUGCGAACGAGCUUGGGCGCAUGUUUUCCUCCCUUGCUUUCUUUAAUGCUCAGAGACCAUAAGGGGAUUUAUCGAGAAGCAUUCGGUGCCCAUGCCCGGUUUGGAACCGCGAGCACAAUAUCUGGUUCCUUUGCAGUACGGUGGUUUGCUCUUGAGUUACGACCAGAAACCGGAACAGAAGGAAAGGGAGAAAGCAGGGGAGGUUCGGGGACGACGGCGCUCCGGGCAGCAAGGCAGCAGCUUCCAAAGCGUGGAGGAUGGGACUGAGAAGGAGCAGAAUACGGAGAAAGAGGGAAGCUGAGGAAAAAUACUCACGCCAAUGGGUAAAAGGGAAAAGGAAGAUGAUCCCUAUGAUCUUGAAGAUGUUUCUGCACAGAAAUGAGGGAGAUACAAAGAACCAAAUACAGUUCUGAAAUUUGGGAUCUGUAUUUUGAGAUGAUUUUAUUUUCAGAAUGAGAAGCAUAUCUUGUUACCUUUAUGAAUGUAGAGACAUGAGAAGAGAGAUAUGAUGGCAAAAAACAAAGAGCCUCGUCCCCCAUCCUAUACCAUCAGUGUAGUUGGACUCUCUGGGACUGAAAAAGAUAAAGGUAACUGUGGAGUUGGAAAGUCUUGUUUGUGCAAUAGAUUUGUACGCUCAAAAGCAGAUGAAUAUUAUCCAGAGCAUACUUCUGUGCUUAGCACCAUUGACUUUGGAGGGCGAGUAGUAAACAAUGAUCACUUUUUGUACUGGGGUGACAUAAUACAAAAUGGUGAAGAUGGAGUAGAAUGUAAAAUUCAUGUCAUUGAACAAACGGAGUUCAUUGAUGACCAGACUUUCUUGCCUCAUCGGAGUACGAAUUUGCAACCAUAUAUAAAACGUGCAGCUGCAUCUAAAUUGCAGUCAGCAGAAAAACUAAUGUACAUUUGCACUGAUCAACUAGGCUUAGAACAAGACUUUGAACAGAAGCAAAUGCCUGAAGGGAAGCUCAACGUAGAUGGAUUUUUAUUAUGCAUUGAUGUAAGUCAGGGAUGCAAUAGGAAGUUUGAUGAUCAACUUAAAUUUGUGAAUAACCUUUUUGUCCAGUUAUCAAAAUCAAAAAAACCUGUAAUAAUAGCAGCAACUAAAUGUGAUGAAUGCGUGGAUCAUUAUCUUAGAGAAGUUCAGGCAUUUGCUUCAAACAAAAAGAACCUUCUUGUAGUGGAAACAUCAGCACGAUUUAAUGUCAACAUUGAAACAUGUUUCACUGCACUGGUACAAAUGUUGGAUAAAACUCGUAGCAAGCCUAAAAUUAUUCCCUAUUUGGAUGCUUAUAAAACACAGAGACAACUUGUUGUCACAGCAACAGAUAAGUUUGAAAAACUUGUGCAGACUGUGAGAGAUUAUCAUGCAACUUGGAAAACUGUUAGUAAUAAAUUAAAAAAUCAUCCUGAUUAUGAAGAAUACAUCAACUUAGAGGGAACAAGAAAGGCCAGAAAUACAUUCUCAAAACAUAUAGAACAACUUAAACAGGAACAUAUAAGAAAAAGGAGAGAAGAGUAUAUAAAUACUUUACCAAGAGCUUUUAACACUCUUUUGCCAAAUCUAGAAGAGAUUGAACAUUUGAAUUGGUCAGAAGCUUUGAAGUUAAUGGAAAAGAGAGCAGAUUUCCAGUUAUGUUUUGUGGUGCUAGAAAAAACUCCUUGGGAUGAAACUGACCAUAUAGACAAAAUUAAUGAUAGGCGGAUUCCAUUUGACCUCCUGAGCACUUUAGAAGCUGAAAAAGUCUAUCAGAACCAUGUACAGCAUCUAAUAUCCGAGAAGAGGAGGGUGGAAAUGAAGGAAAAAUUCAAAAAGACUUUGGAAAAAAUUCAAUUCAUUUCACCGGGGCAGCCGUGGGAGGAAGUUAUGUGCUUUGUUAUGGAGGAUGAAGCCUUCAAAUAUAUCACUGAGACUGAUAGCAAAGAGGUAUAUGGUAGGCAUCAGCGAGAAAUAGUUGAAAAAGCCAAAGAAGAGUUUCAAGAAAUGCUUUUUGAGCAUUCUGAACUUUUUUAUGAUUUAGAUCUUAAUGCAACACCUAGUUCAGAUAAAAUGAGUGAAAUUCAUACAGUUCUGAGUGAAGAACCUAGAUAUAAAGCUUUACAGAAACUUGCACCUGAUAGGGAAUCUCUUCUACUUAAGCAUAUAGGAUUUGUUUAUCAUCCCACUAAAGAAACAUGUCUUAGUGGCCAAAAUUGUACAGACAUUAAAGUGGAGCAGUUACUUGCUAGUAGUCUUUUACAGUUGGAUCAUGGCCGCUUAAGAUUAUAUCAUGAUAGUACCAAUAUAGAUAAAGUUAACCUUUUUAUUUUAGGGAAAGAUGGCCUUGCCCAAGAACUAGCAAAUGAGAUAAGGACACAAUCCACUGAUGAUGAGUAUGCCUUAGAUGGAAAAAUUUAUGAACUUGAUCUUCGGCCGGUUGAUGCCAAAUCGCCUUACUUUUUGAGUCAGUUAUGGACUGCCGCCUUUAAACCACAUGGGUGCUUCUGUGUAUUUAAUUCCAUUGAGUCAUUGAGUUUUAUUGGGGAAUUUAUUGGGAAAAUAAGAACUGAAGCUUCUCAGAUCAGAAAAGAUAAAUACAUGGCUAAUCUUCCAUUUACAUUAAUUCUGGCUAAUCAGAGAGAUUCCAUUAGUAAGAAUCUACCAAUUCUCAGGCACCAAGGGCAGCAGUUGGCAAACAAGUUACAAUGUCCUUUUGUAGAUGUACCUUCUGGUACAUAUCCUCGUAAAUUUAAUGAAACCCAAAUAAAGCAAGCUCUCAGAGGAGUAUUGGAAUCAGUUAAACACAAUUUGGAUGUGGUGAGCCCAGUUCCUGCCAAUAAGGACAUAUCAGAAGCUGACUUGAGAAUUGUCAUGUGCGCCAUGUGUGGAGAUCCAUUUAGUGUGGAUCUUAUUCUUUCACCCUUCCUUGAUUCUCAUUCUUGCAGUGCUGCUCAAGCUGGACAGAAUAAUUCCCUAAUGCUUGAUAAAAUCAUUGGUGAAAAAAGGAGGCGAAUACAGAUCACAAUAUUAUCAUACCACUCUUCAAUUGGAGUAAGAAAAGAUGAACUAGUUCAUGGGUAUAUAUUAGUUUACUCUGCAAAACGGAAAGCUUCAAUGGGAAUGCUUCGAGCAUUUCUAUCAGAAGUUCAAGACACCAUUCCUGUACAGCUGGUGGCAGUUACUGACAGCCAAGCAGAUUUUUUUGAAAAUGAGGCUAUCAAAGAGUUAAUGACUGAAGGAGAACACAUUGCAACUGAGAUCACUGCUAAAUUUACAGCACUGUAUUCUUUAUCUCAGUAUCAUCGGCAAACUGAGGUCUUUACUCUGUUUUUUAGUGAUGUUCUAGAGAAAAAAAAUAUGAUAGAAAAUUCUUAUUUGUCUGAUAAUACAAGGGAAUCAACCCAUCAAAGUGAAGAUGUUUUUCUACCAUCUCCCAGAGACUGUUUUCCCUAUAAUAACUACCCUGAUUCAGAUGAUGACACAGAAGCACCACCUCCUUAUAGUCCAAUUGGGGAUGAUGUACAGUUGCUUCCAACACCUAGUGACCGUUCCAGAUAUAGAUUAGAUUUGGAAGGAAAUGAGUAUCCUAUUCAUAGUACCCCAAACUGUCAUGACCAUGAACGCAACCAUAAAGUGCCUCCACCUAUUAAACCUAAACCAGUUGUACCUAAGACAAAUGUGAAAAAACUGGAUCCAAACCUUUUAAAAACAAUUGAAGCUGGUAUUGGUAAAAAUCCAAGAAAGCAGACUUCCCGGGUGCCUUUGGCACAUCCUGAAGAUAUGGAUCCUUCAGAUAACUAUGCGGAACCCAUUGAUACAAUUUUCAAACAGAAGGGCUAUUCUGAUGAGAUUUAUGUUGUCCCAGAUGAUAGUCAAAAUCGCAUUAAAAUUCGAAACUCAUUUGUAAAUAAUACCCAAGGAGAUGAAGAAAAUGGAUUUUCUGAUAGAACCUCCAAAAGUCAUGGGGAACGGAGGCCUUCAAAAUACAAAUAUAAAUCUAAAACCUUGUUUAGUAAAGCCAAGUCAUACUAUAGAAGAACACAUUCAGAUGCCAGUGAUGAUGAGGCUUUCACCACUUCUAAAACAAAAAGAAAAGGAAGACAUCGUGGAAGUGAAGAAGAUCCACUUCUUUCUCCUGUUGAAACUUGGAAAGGUGGUAUUGAUAAUCCUGCAAUCACUUCUGACCAGGAGUUAGAUGAUAAGAAGAUGAAGAAGAAAACCCACAAAGUGAAAGAAGAUAAAAAGCAGAAAAAGAAAACUAAGAACUUCAAUCCACCAACACGUAGAAAUUGGGAAAGUAAUUACUUUGGGAUGCCCCUCCAGGAUCUGGUUACAGCUGAGAAGUCCAUACCACUAUUUGUUGAGAAAUGUGUGGAAUUUAUUGAAGAUACAGGGUUAUGUACCGAAGGACUUUACCGUGUCAGCGGAAACAAAACUGACCAAGACAAUAUUCAAAAGCAGUUUGAUCAAGAUCAUAAUAUCAAUCUAGUGUCAAUGGAAGUAACAGUAAAUGCUGUAGCUGGAGCCCUUAAAGCUUUCUUUGCAGAUCUGCCAGAUCCUUUAAUUCCAUAUUCUCUUCAUCCAGAACUAUUGGAAGCAGCAAAAAUCCCGGAUAAAACAGAACGUCUUCAUGCCUUGAAAGAAAUUGUUAAGAAAUUUCAUCCUGUAAACUAUGAUGUAUUCAGAUACGUGAUAACACAUCUAAACAGGGUUAGUCAGCAACAUAAAAUCAACCUAAUGACAGCAGACAACUUAUCCAUCUGUUUUUGGCCAACCUUGAUGAGACCUGAUUUUGAAAAUCGAGAGUUUCUGUCUACUACUAAGAUUCAUCAAUCUGUUGUUGAAACAUUCAUUCAGCAGUGUCAGUUUUUCUUUUACAAUGGAGAAAUUGUAGAAACGACAAACAUUGUGGCUCCUCCACCACCUUCAAACCCAGGACAGCUGGUGGAACCAAUGGUACCACUUCAGUUGCCACCACCAUUGCAACCUCAGCUGAUACAACCACAAUUACAAACGGAUCCUCUUGGUAUUAUAUGAGUAGGAAGUGAUUGCAAACAGGCUGGAUUUGUACAAAAAGCAAAUCUAGACAUGCAUGUUUCAGGGUUCAGUAGUAUACUUCAUGUUUCAUACAGAUAAUUCACAUUCAAAAUUACAUUUUCUCUUUGAACUAGAUGGUAUUCCUUAUUCACUUACAUUACAAAUCUAAGACCAUGUGAUAAGCAUGACUGGAGAGGUUUAAUUUUUAUAAACAAAAAUAGCUAUAAAGUACAAAGCUGCUGCUGCAUGCAACCUUAUUGCAAUCAGUAUAUCAUUCCUGUGGCAAUUUCUGUCACAUUAUAUUGUGAAUAAAAUUUUUCUAUAGAAAUUAAAUGAUUUAAAAACUCACCUAUAUGAAACAUUUAAUGCUUUUCAGCCUGCUUUCUGGCUGAUUUUGUUAUUUGAUGUGCUAAUUUGGGCAACUUAAUUUACAUUCUGGCAGUCGGUGUAGAUAACUAAAAGCCCAGUUAAGUAUUUUAUAAUUUCAGGCUACUGAGGCCAUGCUUGGGAUGUUGUUUGAAAGAAAGAAAAAAUACACUUGACAUAUUUCACAUUUCUGUACCUUCAUCUUUACUUCCAAGUAAACCGUGGAUGAUUUGAUGAGGGAUAAAUGAACCUAUUUCUUUUACACACAUACCAAGGACAUGCUUGUGGCUACAGUGAGUUGAUAAUGUUGUGCAAAGGAUAGUUGUCACCAACUCAUUUCUUUAUGGUCCAUAAUGAAAUAAAAACUUUGUAUACUGUUAAUUCUGUAAACAGAUGCAUGUUCAAAAGAUCUAUGAUGGUCUUGUAAUCUUAAUCUAAUAUAUUUUAGAUAUUUUAAUUUUUCCCUCUUGGGGAACACAUUUAGUAUAGUGUAGAAAAUACUUCAUGACAUUUUCAUAUAAGGUUAUAUAACUUUUCAUACAUAAACAUGAAAUUUGUUGAAGAAAAUUCUUUAAACCAAACAUUUAAAUCUAGGACUUCAAUUUAAUUUGUUCCUUGAAUCUAUUUUUAUGUGGCCCUUAAAAAAUAUCCAAAAAACCCAUUGCUAAUAUAGCAAUAAAAAUACUUUGGGUACUGACAGACUCUUUGGAGUGUUUAUAUUACAAAUUUGUAUUCAUAUUCUUUUCUGUGAUGUGUUGUACUAAAAUCCAAAAUGGCUUUUGCACCAUUUUUAAGCCAAUUUUUUCCUUUGAUGUUGGUACCAGAAUUACUAUAAGUGACUGCUGCUUUUGGGGGUAAACAUUUUGUUCGUGAAGAUAAAACCAGAACACUAAAUUAUGGAUAAAAUUUUCAGAAUAGGUGGCACAGGUAAAUUUCACUAGGUUAUAUUUUGUGUAGUAAAGAAAUUCUUUGGUCAAUGUUAUCUUAAUUCAUACUACAAUUUUAAGAUUAUCUUAUGUGUAUUAUAGUAAAUAGAUGAUUUUCAGAUUCAAGGCUCCUAAGAGUUUGAUUUGCUCCGUUUUUUCCUAAAAUAAAUAUUAUCUCUCCCAACUGUUAAGUUCUAGGUAUUGUACUUCCAAUUUUAACUUCAGAACCAAGAUGUUGGCAUGAACCAGGCUGCUGUUGAAGUACAUGUAUAUUAUAAAUUAUCUUAUUUGUGUUAUACUCCUACAUGUUAUCUUUUCUAAGAAAACAAAGUCCCUAUUAUUCCUAUUGCAAAGCACACAGGAAUUAAGAAAGUACAGUAAUUUUUAAAAAAAAAUCCGGUAAAUGUAGUAUUCUUAACCUGUUCUAUAUUACUUAUACCUAUUGUCUAUAUAGCUUUAAUUUAUAGUUGUCAGUUUAACUAUUGGCAUGUCUGGCAAAGAAAAUUAAACUUUAAGAGUUUUAUAAACUGUUUCUAGGUUGCUAAAGAAUUUAUUUUUCUACUAUAUAUGGUAUAGACAAAGCAUCAAACUAUGUACAGGAAAAAAGCCUGACUAUUUCUAUUGGAAGUAGGCUGAAAAGAGAAUUUUCAAAACUGUUCGUGUCUUCAGUUCAUUCUGUCAUAACUUUGCUAUUGUAAUAUGUGAAUACCAGUUUAUUUAAGCUGUUCUCUUUUAUACUGUAUUAAUUUAAUGUUCAUCUGCGUUUAGUACCAUUUUUGUUAUUAAAACUGGCAUUUACCGUUUUUCACAUUAACCCACCUUGCACCUUCCCCCAAACUUAUCUCCACUUUUCUAUGCAUUCUAUCAUUGAUUUGACACACUUCAUAGUGAGUCAUUUAAAUACUCUACAUUUGGUUCAAUUAACCAGUAGGUUACAGUUAUUGAAAAUUAAAGUACAGUUUAAAGCUCAGUCUGUUACACUGAAUUGAUUGUGUUUGUUUUUGCCAAGGGUUUAGAUAUGUUUUUAAAUAUUAGAAACAUCUAAGAACAGAAUAACAUAAUUAAACUUUUUUCUGGUAAGUUACUGGAAGGUUUCACUGUUGAGGGACCUAUCAUAUGAGACUUCUUAAAGGAGUAAAAGAAUAGGAUAGUCUCAUAAUUGUGAGUAAACAUCAAGGCAUUAUAUUUUACAAUACUAAAUAAAAUUUCAUCUACA